AUGGCGUCAAAGGGUUGUUUCAUUGCCGUUCUUAUAGCACGUACGCAUGAUCAUGUCCCUUUGUGUAGUUUUACCGAUGAAAACUACGCCAAUUGGAAUCAGAUCAGGCAACAGGAGCAGCGUAUUCUUGAGCGAAUGGAGUCACCGGCGUCGGUACCAGAUUCAGCAGGGACGAGAGGAAGUUACUACCAGAGCUUUGACCAUAAGGACUGUAUUUACUUUGCAUUUCAGGAUGCGGGGACGGGGUUGACGAUUAUCACCGUUUUAAACAAACUUCUUUUGCGCAAUUCCAGUGACGUUACGUCGACUAACCAUCUUGCGUGUAGUCUGUUAGACAUGAUCUUCUCUGAGUUUACGCAGGCUUACUCCACAUCCGAGAUUUCAGCCAGGACAGUUCGUCCCUUUCAGUUUAUAAAAUUUGAAUCCACUCUAGAAAAACUCAUACACCGCGUGCAACGCGAACGACAAAACGAUGUUGUUAGCGAUUCGCACGGUGGACAGCGACGUCAGGUUAAUACGCAGUACGAUGCAAUUAAACAGGAGCUAACAGACGUUCACUUCGUUAUGCGCAAGAACUUGGAAGACCUUAUGGUGCGUGGGGAGAAACUUGAGACAAUGAAUCAGUUUAGCGCCCAGCUGGUGGAUGAAAGCUCUCGGUUCUACAAGAAGACGGCUCGCAUGAACAGGAUGCGUUUGUUAAAACUGUACGGCCCUCCUGCUGUAGUGAUUAGCAUUCUAGCUCUCUUCUUCUACCUCUACCUGUUCUAA